AUGGCGUUGGAUGGCCCUGACCCGCAAAGCCUGAAGACCUGGCAGGAUGCCUUCCAAUAUCCAAUUCCUACCGUGCGCCGUGUGGAGCAGGAGCUCCGGCGAGACAUCGCGAGCAACAAGGAGAAGCUCCGUGCUCUAGUUGGUACGAGAUAUCGAGAAUUGGUCGGAACCGCGGAGACAAUUGUUUCCAUGAACCGCGAGAUACAGAAUGUGGAUACAACAUUGGCCGACAUUGGACAGCGAUGCAACCCGCGAUUGAUGGAGAAGAAGUUUACACAUUUUCAUCAAAUCAAAGGUGAUGUCAGAGAUAAAGAUUCGGCCAAGCGCUCGUUGAGCGCUCAGCUAGCUCUACUACAACGCUGUGCGGCCUCGAUUUCGCAACAGCUAAGACGCCGUGGUUCUCUAUUGUUAAUGGCAAAGCUUACGGUUAUUUCUCGACGUCUCCAUAACACGAUAUCUCAACAAAAACCGGUUCCUCCGUUCCUAGAGAACCUGCGCAAACAGAUAGUUUCGCUUCGACAGACGCUUCUGGGGAGGAUAAAUAAACGUCUUGCGUCGGCCACAUCGACGGCCGAUGAGAUCAUUGAGGCUUUGGCGGCUUACUGCCUGGUUGAUAGCUCUUCUUCGGAUGACGCCCUACGCCAUUUUCAUCAAGUCCGCUUGGAUCAUAUCGGGAGUCAAUUGGAAUCCCAAGACACGUCGGGCGAGCACGUUUUGAACGCCCUACGGUUAUAUGUGCGAACACUUCAGUCGACGAAAGUACUCCUGUCCCGUCGUUUAUCCGAUGCCUUGGGCAAAUUAAAAGCACGGCCCAUCCUCGCCGAUCCUGAUGUUCGUAGUCUCGAUGAUCUAGGACUCGAUGUCUUGGGCCGCUGGGUGGCCCCAGAUGUCAGCAAUUUCAUCCCUUGGGUUAAACUAAGUGAAUGCUCCAAAAGUGACGCCGAAAAACUUAUAAAGCAAUGGUCCAAGCAAGCGUUUGACAGAUUUGUCGACAGAUGCCAGAAAAACCUGACCAGCUGGCUGGACUUCACGAGCCUACUUUCUCUCCGUGAAAAGACUUUGGAGCUUUGGUUGUGUUCAUGGGGCUCAACUCCUACACAUUCACCGUUACAGGUUUUGGAAGGUCUUCGCACCGUUUUCAACGAGCGACUUAGGCGGAUUUUGUCUGAUCAAGCUAAAUCGCUCGGCACCUUUGGCCAUACUGUCGCAUCUGUGUUGUCGGGCUGGGAGGAGCGAGAACACGCGAGGUCUCACUCACUCUGGGAUCAUGAAUUAAUGUCUCUCGAUUAUUCGAAUGGUGCUGCUACUUUCAAACAGACAAUUGCAGAUAGGCUUCUUGGCAGGGACGAGGAUAUUUCCGAUGUCCUCAAGAAAUACCAAGACUGGCUUUCCUUGAUCGAGACUUCCAAGCAGUCUAUUGAUGAAUUGCGACGAGUACGCUGGACGGACGUUCUGGACGAAAACGAGGACGGGGAUGUCGACAUCGACACUACCGCCACCUUGAAUGAAGACGAUCCGCAAUUAUUACGGGAAGCGCUCGAUUCAGCUGUCAAGUCUGCGUUUGAUGCUCUCGACUCCGCGUUUAAUGAUAUAUUUAAGAACUUCGGCGCCUCGCCCCAGAACGGCAAAGCUGCAUUUAUGUUAAAGCUUAUUAGACUGGUGCGGCGCGACCUACCAACGGAUUUCGAUAAUGGCGGAUUCGUCCUCUCGAAGGACAUUGUCCCUCAAUUGCAGGAGAUGCUUGCCAACGAAGUGUUGAAACAGACACAUCCGUUACGACUGGUUCCGGGCUCUGUGGCCAAGAUUCCCAGAGUGCCAGGGCGAACACUUUGGGAGGGCGAUCCAGAAUCUCCUGUACAGCCGUCUCCAUCUACAUUCAAGUUCCUCCGCCGACUCGUCGAGUCCAUGGAUGUACAAGGCCCAGGGCUUUGGGAUAUUUCCACCAUCAAAUUUCUCAAAAGCGUCACGCAGACAAAACUGUCCAAAUCUAUCACCUCUGCUCUUGAGGCUUUGGAUUCUUUGUCAACUGCCACUCACGAAAAUUCUGCCAAUAACUCGUCAGAAGAGAAGAGCGCCUACAAGGACGAGGACGAGAAUGACAGUCAAUCAUCUGAGAAAGCCAACCAAGAAGAAAAGCAAGAAAACGAAAGCACUAGCGAAAGAGCGGCCCAGGAUCUUCAUGACUGGAAGCUCCAGUUAUACUUCGAUGCAGCCUAUCUGAAGAAUGCGUUGGCUUCCAAGGACCAGGAGAGUGAGGAACUGAAAGCCGUCCUUGACAGGCUUAGUAGCGAAAUUGCGUCCAGUGCGAAAUCUGUCAAGCCUAUGGAUCAUGCUGCUGCCGAAUAUUGGAAACGCACCCAAUUGUUACUGGGGCUUUUGUCAGCCGCAAAGGGAAUUUCCGCGGAGGAUCUUCACCGCCCACGUCACGUUCCCGGCCGGCGUGACGACUUCGCCGCGGGAAAUUUAAUUUCAACCUGGGCAACCUCAUGCUUCCUGUUGGCCUUUUGCUUGACUGACACUCCUUCAACACCGUUCGUCAUGGCUGCCCCGAGGCUUCCAUUCCUUUAUCCGCAGUUUAUGCGCUCAGUGCGCUCGUGCGAACCGACAACCUACCGAUCCAUUCGAAUCCCCUCCACUCCCUCCUCGUCCCAGAAAUCCCCCUUCCACUCCAGUCGGCGGAGAGCGCAAGAAACGUCAUACAACCGACGAUAUGGCCCUGCUGCUGAGGCGAAUUUGCCUCCUCCCGCGCGGCCUAGAGACGAGGCUCGCCAUCCCCCGACUCCGCCGGUGCCAAAAGACAAGAGCAACACGUCACCGCAUACCCCUUCCCCACCUGAGAAGGUGCUCUCCGAAGAUGCCAAAAAUGACGCCAUGGAUACUUCCUCCCGCCUCAAGAGCUCCAGCCCCGCAGAAGCGAACGAUAAAAAGUCCCCGGAGAAGCUAGAUCCCCGGGAAGAACCUGCUGCGUCCGAUGACCGCGAUGUCGCCUCCGCAUCUCCGACCCCCGGCGAGAAUUCCCAACGAGAACGGCAGUCGAAGGCUUCCUCCCAGUCGAUCCCCUUCGACGGCAAUCCUCUCGAAGGUGUCCUUCACAUGCCUUCGCCCUCGUCGUAUCUAACACCAUCCGGGUUGCCCUCGUCAGGCGAACACCGUCCCCACUUUACCCCUGCGCCUUAUGUCCACCACUUUGACUCAUAUUCCCUUGUCCGCGAUCUCUCGACGGGCGGUUUCAGCGAUGACCAAUCCGUGACCAUCAUGAAGGCAGUACGCCAUUAUCUGCAGAAUAAUCUCGAUUUCGCGAAAAACAACCUGACUUCCAAAUCCGACGUCGAGAAUGAAUCCUACUUGUUCAAGGCGGCCUGUUCGGAACUCCAGUCGUCUCUCGAAACGGCCCGAAGCUCAGAAAUGCAGCGGCAGCGUGCUUCCCGGACACAGCUACAGCACGAAUCCGAUAUACUAUCGCAACGCUUGAACCAAGAGCUCGCGGGUUUAAAGGAUGACAUCAAGGGCAUGUUCAACGAUCACAAGAUGACUACUCGAGAGCAACAGCGAAGUAUCGACACCUCGGUUCAGGAACUCAACUACAAGAUCACGGUUUCGUUGAACAGUGACGGUAAAAGUGAAAUCGAGGGGCUUCGGUGGAUUUUGACCCGACGGGCUGCUCUGGCCGUUGCGACAAGUGCUUUCAUGAUCAUCCUGUUCCUCAAGUACUACUCCGUCCGGAAAACGCACGACGGCGCGGAAAAGAAAAAAGAAGUCCCAGUCAAGCAAACGGCCGAAAAGGUGGUCGUCCAAGACCCGGCAGUUGAGGCCGUUCAUCCAGUUCCAGAGCCCCAUCUGGGCGAGUCUCUAGGCUGA